AUGCACUUCUUCAGCAAGGGCGAGCUCCACGGUGGAUUCCUGCUGAUGGAAGAGGGCAACCAGAUUGCCGGCCACGACGCGGCGAGACCGGAGCGCAUGGUGGUGCUGCCUACAUUCUGCGUGAGGAACAUCGAGGGGACCGUUGCCGAGGUCGAGAGAUUGGGUGGAAGGGGUUCAUGUGCCAGAGACUGA